UACCUUGAUCACUGAUUGCAGGCGUGCAGAUUCAUCGAUCCAUAUUCGUUUGUAGAAACUUAUAAAAAUGACAAUGUGCGAUGAUCUUCCACACGAUUUGAUAAGGGAAAAGAUACUCACCAAUGUUCCAAUAACAUCUCUGAGGGCAGUGCGGUGUACUUGCAAAUUAUGGAAUGCAUUAUCCAAAGAAUUUAUCCUUGGUAACGAAACAUCAAGGCAGCAUCAUGAGUUUCAAGGGUUCAUGAUGAUAUCUAAUAAGAUUUGCCCCUUUAGAGUCGAUAUCCAAGGAAUCAUCAGCAAUCACAACAAUUUGGUCGAUCCAUCCACGAAGAAAUUAGAUUUACUUGAUCAAGUCGAGGUAUCUAGAGUAAUUCACUGUGAUGGCUUACUGUUAUGCGUCACCAAUGACAACUCCAAACUCUUGGUGUGGAACCCUUAUCUUGCGCAAACAAGGUGGAUCAGACCGAGAAUAUGUUACGGAAAAUCAGACAUGUAUGCUAUUGGUUACGACAACAACAGUAAGGUCCGUAACUAUAAAAUUUUGAGACUUAGUACUAGUCAUUAUUAUGGCCUAGGCAUUGAGUUGGAAAUCUACGACUUUAGUUCUGAUUUAUGGAGCUUUCUUGGUGUCUUCCCCGACUAUAAAAUAAAUUCUUAUCACAGCCUCGUGAAUUUGGCGGGAUCUACUUACCUUUUGGCUAGAGUGAUCAGACGAACAACUCGUAAAAAGAGAAAUCAUUAUGAGUAUUUAGCAUCUUGGGAAAAUUGUUUGCUAUGUUUUGAUUAUACAAGUGAGAGAUUUGUACAGCACAUGCCUCCCCCGUUUAGCUCUUAUUAUUAUUAUACGGAUACUGUAGCUUUAUCUACAGUUAGGGAAGAUAAACUUGCUGCACAUUGUUAUGGUUUUUAUCAAUCGUUUGUGACAUUGGAGUUUUGGGUUACGAAUAAGAUUGAGGCCAACGCGGUGUCGUGGAGCAAGUUUUUAAAGGUGGAUAUGGGAUCAAUGGUACCAGUCAGGGAUUUUCUGUGCAAUUGGAAAGCUGAUUUAGUCUUCGUUGAUGAGGAGAAUAAAGUCGCUGUGAUAAUCCAUGAAAGCCGAAAUUACUCAACCAAGCUCCAACUAACAGCUUACAUCAUUAGAGAAGAUGGAUACUUCAGAUCUAUGAACAUCGGUGAAGUGAAUUUAAAUUUCUCUAGAAAGUUUGAAGUGCAACAUGUGUUUUCCCCUUAUCAUCCAAGUUUAGUGCAAAUCAACCGACGGUCAAACGGGGGAGAUGGCUGUGCGAAUGGGCAUUCUGAACCUUUGGGUAGAGUCUGACUCGUUAUAUGCAGUCGAG